UUUUGCCCGCCCGGGGGAGCGGCGGGCAUACACGGGACUUUAGACAGAAGACCAUUCCCGACAGGCGGGAAUUUGACAAACAUUUGAUGUACCAACCAGGCUCUAGGGUGGGAUUUAGACAAAAAAGGUUGUCCCUAGGGUGGGGAUUUAGACAACAAUAUUUUUGAAAUGUCAAAUUCCCCCGGGUCGGCCCGCCGCCCCCCUGGGCGGGCAAAAUAUUGACAGGUGCAUUAUUUUAUUGUCCGACCAGUCUUAGUAUAUUGUCCAGAAUGGACAUAUUGGACAUAUUGCCAAUGACCAAAAUUGAAUCGACCAGUAUUGACCACUAGAGUUUUUAAUGAACAAAAUAUUAUAUUAUUCAAAUUGCUGUAUUAUUAGCUCAUAGAGCACAAAGUGCUCAUGGUGAGCUAUUGUGAUCACGCUGUGUCCGUCAUCUGUCGUGCGUCUGUCUGUCAAGUCGUCCGUCCGUCGUCAACAUUUGUGUUUAAACAACAUCUCCUCCAAAACCAGUGAAUGGAUUUUGAUGAAACUUGGCCAUGAUGUUCCCUGGGUGGACCCCUACCAAAGUUAUUCAAACGGUUCUGCUUGGUUGCACAUAGAGGCUGCCAGAGUUAAAAAUAGAAAAAACUUCAAACAACAUCUCCUCCUAAACCAAUUGUCCGAUUAAAUCAUUUUGAAAUAAUUUCACACAAGUGGUCCUUAUGUCACCCUCCACCCUCUACCAAGGUUGUUCAGAUUAUAUCGAUUCGUCAAAAAACAUGGCUGCUUGGUCACUUUUCCUUAUAUAUAUAUAGUGGAAACUUUAAAAAUCUUCUUGUAUGAAACUGCUUGCCCGAUUUUAGAAUAAUUUUACACAAACGGUCCUUGUGUGACCCUCUACCAAGAUUGUUCAAAUUAUUUUGAUUCGUCAAAAAACAUGGCCGCCAGAGGGCGUGGUCACUUUUCCCUAUAUGUAUAUAGUGGAAACUUUAAAAAUCUUCUUGUUUGAAACUGCAAGCCCCAUUUUAAAAUUAUUUUACACAAAUGGUUCUUGUCUGACCCUCUACCAAGAAUGUUCAAAUUAUUCCGAUUCGUCCAAAACAUGGCUGCCAGGGGGUGUGGUCACUUUUCUCUGAAUCAAUAAUAGCUAUAGCCUUGAUAUUUGGCAAGUGAUAUCAGAUUUGUAAUGAUUACCAUAAUUGUUCAAAUUAUUGCCCUAGGUUCUUGUUUGUUACAUGUAUAUAAUAUAGGCUAACAUAGAAGAAACCUAACUCUUUACUUAUACAAACACACUUGAAGCCUUGUACACAGGUGAGUGCUUUAGGGUCAAUGACCCUCUUGUUUUUAUAUUGCUUUUGCAGCCUGUGCUAAUCUGUGAAUGUACAUUAUGUAAAAAUGUUGAAUAAACCAGUAUUGACCACCCUAGAGUUACCACAGUAUUGAAUCGACCAGUAUUGACCAGUUGGUUUUUUCAAAACAUGGUCUGUAGCAUCCUUGUAUGGACCUUUUGAUCUCAAGUAUGUUCAAAUAACUACAUUUGGUCCCUUUUAUGGGUGGCCGGAGGUAAAAAUAGAAAAACUGGUAAACUGAGAAGAUCAUUACAAAACUUGUCUUGUAGCAUAUUUAUAUGGUUUUCUCUCAGUUUUGUUCAAAUGAUGGGGCCACAAGAAUGAAAAAUAAAAAACCUUGAAAUGCUUCCUUCUCAAAAAAACACUUGAUCUGUAGCUUAUGCAUGGCCCUUUUCUACAAGCUGCCACAAGGGAAAAUAGGAAAAGCUUUAAAACAUUUAAUGAACAGCUUAAGGGAUGUUCUCUAAACUUGGUCAGAAGCAAGGUUUAAAUGUUGUAAUCCUUUUCAGGUGAGCAACUUAAGCUCUAUUAGUUCUCUUGUUUCAAAAUAUUUCAUAUAAUCAAGAGUGGUUUGUUUUUUCCAACCUUACCUUUCUUAUAAAUCACAGCAAGUUUUACUUCUUUAGACACAUGUCCAAAACAUAUUCCCUUCAGAGAACCUCAACUUGGAGGAUAGCACUGGUCCCAUUCCUUUUGCUAUGCCUCUCGAUGUGGGUGUUUUAACAGUACUGAAUACAAACACAUACACUAAACUUACACUUGUACAUUUUUGUAUGGUGUCUGCCCUAUAUUUCUUAUCAGUCUAUCAGAUCUUCUGUUUGUGAACUCAUAAGUACUUGUAUUCUGCACAUUAUACAGCAAAAUGAGGACAGUGUUGUCAAGACUGUCAAACUCGGCCAAGUUUUUGUUGUUGAUACAGUCUGUGCUGAGAUCACAACCUGCAGCAAGUCUAUUCUUCAUGGGGGAUAUGGCCUCUAGACCUUCGACCAUGCCGACCCCAGAGGAGGCAUUGCCUGGUCGUGAUGAGAAGAUUAAGGUUUCGCCAAAACAUGCUGUCAAUGGUAACCCCACUGUACCCCCAUUCCCAGAUCAAAUGGAGAUGGCCAUGUUUGGAAUGGGCUGUUUCUGGGGAGCUGAGAGAAAAUUCUGGAAACUGCCUGAAGUGUACUCUACACAGGUGGGUUAUUCAGCUGGGUACACAAAGAACCCAACAUACAGGGAAGUAUGUACAGGGAAAACUGGUCAUAAUGAAGUGGUUCGAGUAGUUUUUGAUCCGCAAAUUAUCUCAUUCAGUGAUAUUUUAAAGGUAUUUUGGGAGAAUCAUGACCCAACGACACUGAAUCGUCAAGGCAAUGACCAAGGAACACAGUAUCGGUCAGGGAUUUACUUUUAUAGUGACGAACAACAGAGUGAAGCAGAAUCAUCAAAAGAAAUAUAUGAAAAACUUAUAAACGCGAAGGGUUAUGGAAAUAUUGUUACGGAAAUUUUACCAGCAACAGAGUUUUACUAUGCCGAGGACUACCAUCAGCAAUAUUUACAUAAGAAUCCUGAUGGCUAUUGUGGACUUGGUGGCACAGGGGUUAGCUGCCCAGUGGGUCUCGGGUCGAAAAAAGCCAAACCGAAUAGUGAACUGUGAUAUGCGAUUUAAAAAGGGCUUUCAUUGUUUGUGGUUUGUUCUCUCUGAUGAAAUAAUUACUGGUCUAUGAAUGAUCUUGCCAUUUCUCCUUAUUAAAGUUUAACCAGUUGUGUAGUACCCAGUACACUUUCAAUACGCUUGAUACUGAGAUUUAUUAUAUACCUACAUACUUUUUUUCUCAAAUCAUUGACGAGUACAAAACCCUGUAUUCAACUCCCGGUGGAUAUAGAAAAAUAUUGAAUCAGAACUGACAUAAUGAAAUUGUCUAAAGUUCUAUGUUUUGAAAAAUUCACUUAUUUAAACAAGUUUUCAAUCAUGUUUAUGUAAAUUAUAGACUAAUUUAACUCAUAUAACACUAGAAAUAAGUAUAUAUGUAUAUAUAAUAAAAGGGUCAUUAAAACAAUACCUUGAUCUGCUAUGAAACAUUUGGGUCUCUUGGAUUUUGCCACACUGAGCGAAAGCAUGCGCGAAAUCCAGGCCUGACAAAAUCAACUUAGUCAAAUACAACAUUGCAGAUCUAAGUGCUGUUGUAAUAACCCUAUUUUAUUCCAAACAUUUAUACACGCAAGUACAUAUAAGAUCACCUACAGAGUUUUUGGCAAUAUUCAAAAAUGCUCACAUAAAUGAAGAUGUAAAAUGUAUAGAACAUUUCUUUUCUUUGUGAGUCACAAGGUCAAAUUGUGACUUAGAAAUAGUUAUUUAUAGCCUUCAGAUGUGCAUCAGCUAUAUGUUGUGAUUGUGAUAAUUACUUUUUAGUUUUGAUAAUUAUUUUCUUUAUGUGUAUGGGUUAAUAUGAUUCUUGCAGAUUUUUAGUUUUAAAAAAAUGUUAGCUCUGCUUAACUGUUUUUAUUUGAUUGCCUUGUCUGCUAUGUGCUUGAUUUUAAUGUUGGCCAAAUUAUUAGGGAGAAAAUAAAAUAAAGUUUUUUUGUCUGAUUUGUGUCUCUGUCCAUUUAUCUGAUUGUCUGCCUGUCUCUUUUAGUCUCUUGGCAACCUGUCUGACAGUAUUCAGCAGAUUUCAGUCAAACUUACAAAGAAGUAAGCAGUUAUUAUAUUUAUACAACUUAAAAAAUUAGAGAUUUUUGUUUCUGGAUAAAUUAUAAAUAUUUUAUCAUAUUUUUUGAUCAGUUUUGAUGUAUUUAUCAGUACCAGGUCAAGCGGCACAUAUUUUCUGAAUGUUUUGAUUGAUUGCUUUUAAGAGCUGCAAUACUUGAGAUAGUUAGUUUCUUUUCAUUCCAGAGUGGAAGAAUAGCACAUACUUUGCACAGAAGCUCAAUAACUCCGGUAUUUCUUCUUGGAUGUAACCAAGAUUCAAACAAAAUAGAACAUCUAUAAUAUCUUUGUCAGAUGGGACAAACCGCUAUAUUCUGUAAUUGUAUCCCUUGAAUAAAGUACGAAUUUAUUUGAACCUGCAAAGAAAUGGUAUAAGUCAGUAAUCUUAAGUUCCCCUUUUGCCAUAUUUUCUUAACUGUUUUAAUUUUACACACACCACUUGGAGAGUUCAAGAGGGGCAGAAUACAUUUUGUUAAAUACUACUUCGAUGUACUUUUGUCAAGUAUAGGAUAAGACAUGAUGUUAACAUGCAUGGUUUUCAAAUGUCCGACUUUGUUUGCUUGUACUCUGAUUGCUCAAAUAUCUCCAAACCAUCACCUGGUCCUGGGACAGUGUCAGUAUAAUACAUAUUGCUCUACCUCAGAUUUCUGACCCCACCUCUCGUUAAGACGGUUAAGUUAUAGUGUAGAUGAGGUGCAAGCUUAUCUGCAUUGUAUAUGUUGUCAGUUACACUAUAUGCAGAAUUUGGCUGUUUUCAACCAUGAUUUUAACACCCUGUGAUAUUUGCUAUAAUAUAACUGUUGUAUUUAUCUCUUAUUGGUGUUUAUAUUCCCUAACACCAUUGUUUGCAGUUAUCAAAAUAUUUUGAAAUGAGUCAUAAUGGUAUACAAUAUUUUUAACAUCUGUAUUUCAACAUACAUGUUACUUUGUACAUGUACACACAAUUUGAGCCGUGCCAUGAGAAAACCAACACAGUGGGUUUGCGACCAGCAUGGAUCCAGACCAGCCUGCACAUUUGCACAGUCUGGUCAGGAUCUAUGCUGUUCGCUUUUAAAGCCUACUGCAAUUAGAGAAACCGUUAGCGAACAGCAUGGAUCCUGACCAGACUGCGCAAAUGCGCAGGCUGGUCUGGAUCCAUGCUGGUCGCAAAGCCACUAUGUUGGUUUUCUCAUGACAGAGCUCAUUUAUAUUUUUGUUUGCUACUUCAUGAUAUCAAUAUUGUCUAUAUAUAGUAGUUGAUAAACUUGCAAACAGUUAUUUAGUAAAAUCAGGAACUGUCA